UGUGAGAUGGCCCCUGGAGAUUUGAGAAUAAAUGGCCUGCAUAUCAAAAACCAGCCUCUUCUUCAGUCCAUGAAUCUGCCAAUGGACUUGCUAUAUGUAGAAAUUAACGGGCCGCAAUCCCUACUUUCUUUGGGCUUGGGCCUGUUUAGGUGAAGUAGAGACAUGAAAAUGCGAAGGUAACUUUAAUCUUAGACGCACCCCUACAUUUAUUAAAGGUAAAAACGUCAACACUGAAAUUACCAUGUGAGGCGGGUCCCACGAGUGGCAGAAAGAACCGGACUCUCGCUUCGCCUCUUCAGUUGACUUUGACUCGGUUUCUCCGGGCCAGCCGGCAAUGGCAUCAUCUUCCUACGUAUUGCAGAGAUAAGUCCCAAUCUGAGCCGUUCGUGAACGGGACUUAUGACGUCUCCUUAGUCCUUAAUCCCCAAAAAAAUUGGGAUAGAGGAACUCACUCGCAGCCUCGCUUCUUCCCUCUCGUGGAGGGCACGUCCUUAGCGUUCUUUUGACCCGAUUUGGGCCCGACUACCAGCACAUGGACUCCAACGGCAUGACCCGAUUCUGCCACCGUCAAUCACCAUCCUCCGACCGCUUUCUCGGCGCCUUCACCCACUCGCCGCCCUCUGAAUAUCCCUCCACCUCCACUACAUCCAUCUACGAUUUCAACGAGCUCAGCGAGGACGAUAUAUUCUUCAGCCCCGACUUCUCAUCCUCCGCCCGCACCGACCAUCGUAACAACAGGACCCCUGUCUCCUCGUCCUCCCCUUCCCCCCGCCACCAUAGCAAGAACUUUCCUCAGCCUGAAUCUUUCGGCAUUCUUGCUGCCCUAGCAGAACAUGAACCGUUCCUGAAGCUCAAGACCUUCCAAAAAGCCUCGAUUUCCGCUUCCGCCUCUGCCUCCUCCUCUGUCUCCUCAUCCUCGACCUCCUCUUCGCGUCUUAUUCCCUCAAUCCCUAAACCGCCUCAGGACCGCCUUCCUGCUCUAUCUUCUUCGGCGAAAUUCCACCAACACCAGUCAGCCCCGGUGAACGUGCCGGUGUUUGCGCGGGUGAAGAGUAAGCAGAAGGAGUUUGAUGAUAUUGACGACGAGGAAGAGGAAGAGGAGGGAGGAGAAAUGCUUCCGCCACACGAAAUUGUAGCAAUGGGGUCUGCGCGGUCGCCAUUUCUGGCCUGCUCGGUGCUUGAAGGAGUUGGGAGAACCUUGAAAGGAAGAGAUCUCAGGCAGGUAAGGAAUGCAGUAUGGCGGCAAACGGGUUUUCUUGAUUGAUUGCUGUGAUUUUUUUGCUUGUACUGUAAUUCUUUUGUUUUUCAUCUCUUCUUGAUGUUAUUGACUAUGUAUGACAUUGUUGAAAUAUCAAGUUAUUUAUCUUUGAUGACCAAA